CUUUCCUUGCACCUUUCUUCUCUCGCGCUGUUUCUAUGGUGGUAUUAGGGUUUUGGAAGCAUUCCUUAUCCUCCAAUUCUUCCAAAACCCUAAUGUCCACCUGAAAAAAGCUUCAUCCUUUGUGACUUUUAACCUUCUCUUACAAGUCUCAUUCGUCAUCCUCCUUCUGGGCUCGGCAAUUCUCGCCGAUAUCGCCACCUCCGAGCUAUUUUUCGAUUCUCACAUUUCUAUAACUUGUGGGUACUGAUUCACACCAAGAUUUGGGGAUUAGGGUAAUGGUAGAAACCGAAGAGAAAUCUGAAAAGCUUGAGAAGAUUAAAGCUAAGCGUCGUCGAGUGAAUAGCUCAGAUAUAGUCUCAGAUACACAGAAGUACAAGAGAAUUCAGCGCUGCAUAGCGAAACCAUCUUAUCUUCUGAGUCUUGGGCCAAAGUCAAGCCGAAGUGAGUAUCUCAAUAGAUUACCAGGAUUACUUCGUGAGCUACUUCGUAAGAGAUACUGGAAUGAUGCAAGUCGUGUACUUUCAGUUCUGAUGAGAGGGACAAUUAAAGAUCCUUGUCCAAAGAUGAAUCGUCUCAAAUACGAGGCUCAUAUACAAAUUGUGAGUCACUUGGAAACUAAGAAAAACAAAGCUGAUGAGAUUGGAAGAAUAUAUGAUACUUGGAUUGGCCAGAUUGGUAAACUACAUAAAGAGGAGAGGCUCUUGGUUUGGUUCGAGCAAAUUUGUCAUUUUAUUGACCAUGAGAUGAACAGUGAGGCAUAUAGUGCUGCAAUCAGCUUGAUGCAGAACCGUGAUUUCGCAAUGCUUCCACGGGCCAAUCUGUUUAUAGGAAUCACAUUCUACAAGAUGUGGUGUAGUAAAUUCUUGAAGGAGUUGCAGCCUGAAGAUGUAGAUGACAAUGAAAGCGUAUCCAACGUGUCGGAAUCAAGAUCUGGUAGUCUGGUUGAGUGUUCAGGCAGGGAUGAGUCGGUGUGCUCUAUGGCGUCAGAGGUUUCUGCUAUAAAAGAUUCAGAGACUUCAGUCAGGAAUAAUAAAAAGGUUUCCCAUUUGUCCAUCAGUGACUCUGAGACAAGGAUGGAUACGAAGGUAAAAGUGAAGAGUACUCCACAUUUUACCACUCCACCACAACUCUAUGCGACCUCUGAAGAAAACGAAGCCUCUUUGGGAGAUGGAGUUGAAUUUGAUCCCACUGUUAUUAAUAUUCUUGGUGACAUGGAUCCAUGGUUGCUUCCUUUAAAACCGCCAUCAGAUCCUGAUUGCUACAGAAAGAUUGUCGAUGAUUCUUAUUUUAAGGAAGCAUUGAAACAUAUGCGGCAAACUCUUCAGUCCCCGCGUCAUGUAUCUUUGGCUGCAUUACAUCCACUUGUACAGCUUCUGUUAAUUGGAGGUCAUGUAGAUGAAGCGAUGAAAGUAGUCGAGGAGAUGUGCAACAAAGUACAUGACAUAAAACCUUUCAGGAUUAAGGCCCUAAUGAUGGAGAAAUUUCAUCGUAAUAGCGACAUGCUCGCAAAAUGCUAUGAAGAUAUCUUAAAGAUUGAUCCUUGUUGUGUAACUACUCUAAAGAAGGUUAUUGGAAUGUGCAUAGAAGAUGAGUAUAGUAGAGAGUCGCUAAUCGAAAUGAUAGCAUUGCAUGUAGAAUCUUCUUUUCCUGAGCCCGAAAUAUGGAAAGAGUUAGCCUCUUGCUUCAGUAACUUCUUUGAGAAUCUUGAUGAAGACCGAUUGUCAGUAUGCCUCGACGGAUCUGAAGAUAAAAAGAAUCCACAAACAUAUUCUGUUCGAUACAACCCGACACCAAAAAUGUUCACCAAUACAUCAUGGACCCUUCGGGCUAAGUGUUGGCUAAACCGCCAUUUCUCCCCGGAAAUGCUAGAGACAGAAACAAAAAACAGUAUAUUGACAGGAGAUUGGGAGAUGAUGACUUACAAAGCGGCAUGUGCCAGUCAUAUCUACGGACGAGAGUUUGGUUAUGUUACAAAAGUGUACGGACUGUUGAAGAGUAGCAGCAACAACAGAGAGUUUUUCAAAUUCUUGCGAGAACACAGAGUGAAUGGGAACAAUAUUUACAAUUUUGAAUAGUUUACACAAAGUAGAAGAUGCCCGUUUUUGUAGUUUUGCUAAAAACUUUUACUGUACUUCCGAUUUUUUUACAUUUGAUUGUAAGAUAGAAAUCAAUAUAUGGACCUACAAAUU